CGUGACAGCAGCACUUUUGUAAAACGUGAGCAAUGCAAGGACAAUUCUCUAUUCACAUACGAUAUUCGCAUCUAUGGGCAGCUACGCUAACUUUGGUUUUAAAAUAGACACACCGACCUUUUAACAUUUUAAAUUAGUUCGCCGGAUAAUUUUUCAUUAGGUUGCAACCAAGGUCAAACCUAGUGAGUUCAGAUAGCCAAGCACGCCUGGUUCCGACGCUGAAUUGAGAGGUACUGAGGUAUUUGAAGGAUGGCUGGAUUAAUCAAUUUUGAAGACGAGAAAGAGGUGAAGCAGUUUUUGGAUAACCUCGGGGUGGAGUAUAGUUAUCAAUGUCACAAAGAGAAAGAUCCGGAAGGAUGCCAGAGGCUUGCGGAUUACUUGGAAGGGGUAAAAAGAAAUUUUGAGGCGGCAGCUCAGGUUCUGAAACACAACUGUGAGGUGAACGGCCACGGCGAGAGUUGCUACAAACUUGGAGCGUACCAUAUCACCGGAAAGGGUGGCGUAACUGAGUGUCUGAAGAAGGCCUACUCCUGCUUUAUGAAAUCCUGUGAAUCGGGGGGUAAGAAAUCGGUGGAUGCUUGUCAUAACGUGGGCCUCCUUGCACAUGACGGACGGGCAAUGGAUGGGGGCCCUGACGUCAGUGUGGCCCAGAAGUACUAUGACAAGGCGUGUGCAGGGGGGUUUGCUCCCAGCUGUUUUAAUCUGAGUGCACUGUACAUAAAGGGUGCUCCUGGACUCGACAAAGACAUGACGCUUGCUUUAAAGUUCGCGCUGGAGGCCUGCCAGCUCGGACAUGUGUGGGGCUGCGCAAAUGCCAGUCGAAUGUAUAGGCUUGGUGAGGGGACUGCACGGGACGACAAGAAAGCAGAAGAACUGAAGAACCGUGCCAGACAAUUGCACAGUCAACAGAAGGAGCGCCAGUUGUCAUUUGGGGAAUGAGGAAAGGGACCCAGUUUAUCCAGACCUAGUAUCACAUCCUGUGAUACAAUCAUUAGAAUGGCUCAACAUUUGAGUUGUGCACCAAGGAGCUUUUAUAUCAGUUCCGCUGUGCUUGAUUCUACAGUUCUUUCUCAAAACCCAUUGCGUGCAUUUAGCAUUAAAAGUUAGUAAAUA